GCGAAAAAAAAAAUCGAGCCUAUCGACCUCGAGCCGAAAGCUUCAAUACCCACGACCGUCGCCCGCCCUACUCCGACUCCCCUCGCCGUCGCCAAUCGCCAAUUGUCUCUCAUCUCAACCAGGUUUCAAUUAAGAAUAUCCGAAAGCACCGCUACAAUGGCCGCUGAGAAGCCCGACCGCAAGGAGAAGAAGGACAAGAAGCGCUCCGUGUCCGACGGCGCCAUCAAGAAGGACAAGAAGGAUAAGAAGGACAAGAAGGAGAAGAAGGAGAAGCUCGAGCGCGCCCUCGACGAGCACCUCCAGGCCGACGUCGCCGCCACCACCGUCGCCAGCGGCGAUGUCACCACCGUUGUCGCUGAUGGCCUCCCCGUCGUCGGCGCCCUCGUGCCCUUUGCCGUGCCGUUGGCUGAUGAGAAGGCCAUGAAGAAGGUCAUGAAGUCCAUUCGCAAGGCCGCCAAGAACAACACCCUCAAGCGCGGCGUCAAGGAGGUCGUCAAGACCCUCCGCAAGUCCCCCGCCGCCGGCCCCGGCAACACCGCCUUCCCCGGCGUCGUCGUCAUCGCCGGCGACAUCUCCCCCAUGGACGUCAUCUCCCACCUCCCCGUCCUCUGCGAGGACCACAACGUCCCCUACAUCUUCGUCACCUCCCGCGCCGAGCUCGGCGCCGCCGCCAAGACGAAGCGCCCUACCUCCGUCGUCAUGGUCUCGGAGAAGCGCUCCGCCGCCGACAGCAAGAAGGCCGAGAAGAAGGCCGGCGAGUCCAAGGGCGACGACGAGGAGGACGACGGCGAGGACUACUCCGAGGUCUACGCCGCGCUCGUCAAGCUCGUGCAGAAGGAGACUGCUAAGCAGUCCUUCUGGGCAUAGACGAGUACACUUUUGCUGCUACUAUUCGUCUUACCAGUACGGGACAUACGCGACAUGUCGAACUGAAAAGUACAGUUGAAAAGAAAUGAUGAAUUGUCACACUAUACGGGUGGGGUUAAAAAAGCUUUUUUCGGGCUGGCUUUACAACACAAAAGAGGAAGAAUUCGGCG